GAUAGUGUGUAAAUGAACGGACAUGACAGCAAGCAGACAAUAGGUGGGAACAUUGCUGAUAUGAGUGGACAAGCAACUGGUAGUGUUGGUCAUCUUGGCAUUGUGCAUGCAGCCAUCGUAUUCUGUUGAUGUGGAGUGCAUUGGAAGCAAGGGAGAACCGGGUUUUCCCGGAGUUCCAGGUCCUCCAGGAAGACAGGGACCAGUAGGAAAACAAGGAGCAGCAGGAAUUUCAGGCGGCACCGGCUUGAAGAUAAAUGAUUGGCAUUUAUGUGACUGGCUUGUCAAUUAUUCAUUGUUUGUAAUUUCUUUUUAAGGUGAGGUAGGAGCUGAAGGUGCAGUUGGUCCACCAGGUAAACAGGGAGUGCAAGGUGUGAUGGGUCGUGCAGGUCCACCCGGACCUCAAGGUCCUCCAGGGAAAAGUGGAAUGAUGGGUCCAGCGGGACCCAGAGGUCCUCCAGGACAAACGGGAGGACGUGGAGAGAAGGGGGAACAAGGAGUGGAGGGUCCAAGAGGUUUGGCUGGAUUAGAUGGCAUUCCGGUAUUGUUAUGUCAAUUUAAUGUAUAUCUUGUUGAUGGACUGUGUGUGUUGCUUGUACAGGGUGCUGCAGGUCCCAUCGGACCCGUAGGAUCACGUGGACCAUUAGGAGUGAAGGGUGAUCGUGGAUUACCCGGAGCAAAGGGAGAAGCCGGACCACAAGGUCGUCCCGGUCCAGAGAUGAGUGAAGAUGUGUUGAAACGCUAUUUUUCUCCAGUCAAGGGACUGGCAGAGAGGAUGAAAGAACUGGAGGAUUGGAAAGAAGAGUGGACAAAGAAUGAGAGUAGAGUGACUGUUGCAGCACAUCUUGUAGGAUCAUCAUACAGUUGGUAUACUAUAUCAGGUGUGAUAACCUACUGGCAAACAAGCAGUCCAUCAUUCUUACUGGGUGCCAUCACAUACAGCAAUGGAGCUCUUACAAUUCCAUCUGAUGGUGUUUACUAUAUUUAUACACAUCUCCAUUUAGAUGACAAUAGUGGCAGUUACAUUCAACCUUACAUCAGAGUAAAUGGCAAUCUUGUUUUGUACAUUUCAAGCUACAAUCGUGGUGGAUACGAAUCAAAGCAUGGUGGUCUACUUCAGCAGCUGAAAAAAGGUGAUAGCGUUGACAUAUAUGGUGGAGGAUAUCGACACCUCAUGGGCUCUACUACUUCAGUUUUUGGUAUUUUUAAGAUCGACUAGAAGCAUGUUGUUGAGAAUGAGAAUGUCAAUUAAUUAAGUGAUAAGUGUGAGUGUCAAAUGACUCUCCAUGUGAUCAUGUUUAAUAGUAAUUGUAGUUGUGACUGUGUAUGUUGGACUGUAGUGUGACCAUUCAACCCUAAUUUUUGUUUGUUUCAUUUCUGUUUAGUUCCAUUUCUAUAUUAUUAGCAAUAAAUGUUCAUCUCUUUGUCUCA